AUGCAAUUUACUCUUGCGAGUGUGACCAACUCGAUCGUACAGAAUUCACCGAUAAUCACAUUUUCUUUUUCAGCCACCAAGAAACCAUUAUCGCCGUUCGCCAAAUUUCGUCAACUAGAUCGGCAAUAUAGUUCUUCUUUGCCGUCAAGUCCCAUAAAGUCGCCAGAAAAGGAGUUUCGUUUUAGAUUUACCGAACCUACUGUGACAAAUAAUGCGGUACAGAUAAAGGAACGAUUGUUAUCUUGGUGCCGUUCCAAAACCAAGGAGUACGAGAAUAUACAACUUGACAAUUUCUCAACAAGUUGGAACAAUGGUUUGGCAUUUUGCGCUCUGAUUCAUCAUUUUAGACCUGAUGCCUUUGAUUAUCAUUCGUUACGUCCACAGGACCGCAGGAAGAACUUUGAUCUGGCAUUCAAAACGGCUGAUGAAGCCGGUAUCGCGCCAUUGCUUGAUGUCGAAGACAUGGUAGUUAUGCGACGUCCAGAUUGGAAGUGCGUCUUCACUUACGUUCAAUCCUUUUAUCGGCGUUUCAAGGACGAGGAUUGAACGGAAAAGGUUUUGAGAUAUAAAUAUAUACAUUUUUUUUUCUCACUAUAAACCUCUGGCUCCUAGCAGACCUCGCAAUUUAAUUAAUUUACGUAACGUAGUACUUUAUGAAUCACUAAGAGAUAAAACACAAAGUAGAUCUUGAUAUAAGAAGAAAAAUUAGUGAUUUAUUUCGUUUUUUUUUUUCUUUUUUUUAAUUUCUUACUUUUCCAAUUGUUUCACAGACUUUCACUUAAAUCUAUGAAUUAUUUUACAUAAAAAUAUAACCAUCGUACUAAAGUACGAAGGCACGUUGUUACAUACUUUUCUACUAUUGACUAUUAUCAAUAGAAAAACGUUUUUGAAUAAGUAUAUUUUUUUUUUUUUUUUUUUUUUUUUUAUUAAAUCAAAAAAAUAUAAUUGUUAUUAAAUGAAUUUAUAGAGACUAACUAGUUUCAUAUGAGUCGUUACAAACGUUUCAUUAUUUUUGUGUAACUAUUUAGAAAAUUGUUAAAUAUAUAAUCACGUGCGACUCUAUGAAAAAGUUAUAUAUUUAUUUUAUUUCACGAUAUAAAAUUGACAAAGUAUUUAGAUAUAAAUAUAAUAUAUACAGACAGAUGAAAAAUCAGUACAGUCGAGCAAUAUAAACAAUGUAGGUAAGAAUGGCGUAAGUUGUGCUUCUUUAAAUUAUUUAAAAGGUAAUGAAAACUAUUAUAGAUGUUCAAACUAUUAAACUCUAAAUAUAAAGUAUAUCAAUUUGUUUAGUCUUAAAUCUCUGUUUAAGCUUUUCUCCAAUAUGGAGAUAAUGUAUAAAACAUAUUUUUAUUACUCUUAAACAUCUAAUAUAAAAUUAAAGAGCACUAUCUUCCAAA